AUGCGUUUCACCAGCGUUCUUGUCGGCCUCGUCUUCACCACUGUGCUCUCCGUUGCCAAUGCAUCGCAAUCAGCGCACCCUGAACAUUCCAAUCACAAUGAACACGGCGGAACGCACGGUGGUGCGAGUGUCGUCGUACACGGCGUGUCAUCUAAAUCUGCAUCGCCCGCUGCCGUUCCCAACACCACGCCAGGAGCUCAUCAUCAGAAUUCUGUCGCCGCCGUCCUAGACGGACACCAACAGCCAUUGGCAGUUCAAGCCGGACAUGACGCUGAGGGUGUCGUACCCAAGACUGCUGCAAACGAGUUGAAGGCAAACUCCGAGGUGGUAUCCGAGUCGACUAAAGCCCCAGAGGGUGUCGAAUCAAAACAAUCCGCCGACAAUACAUCCUCUGAUUCUGCCCCAGCGCAGCCGAAGAUGAGAAUGGUACGGCGAGUUCGACGAGCGCCCAUUGUAGAGGCUUCUGUUACAGGAGAAAGUGCUUUCCUCAAGAGAGAGAUCCAGCUUGAGCGCAUUCAAGCCCGAAGCGGAGGGAUGUACGAGUCGACAGUUGUCAAAGCCAACCGCCUCGCCCGCCGAUUCCUUGGGUUCUUGCUCAACAUUGGUCGAAGGAUCAUAACAGGCAUCGCCAAGCACUUUAUCAAGAAUAAAGUCGCCAACAAUAACAACCACCACCGCCGCCGUAGCCCUAUCUUUGAUGAGGUCGGCGUCGUGGGAGUCCACGCUCGUUCCUUAGAAGAAGUUCUUCUAUAG